GAAGAGUCGGCGGCGGGUCUCCCGGAUCGAAACAACUGAUGUGAAAAUACGACUACAAAUUGAAGGAAAUAUAAUCAUUAAAAUCAACUUGUUCGGCCAACAAUGAAUCUUGAACUGCUCGAAUCAUUUGGGCAGAACUAUCCAGAGGAGGCCGAUGGAACGCUGGACUGCAUCAGCAUGGCGCUCACCUGCACCUUCAACCGCUGGGGGACCCUCCUGGCGGUGGGCUGCAACGACGGCCGCAUCGUCAUCUGGGACUUCCUGACGCGCGGCAUCGCCAAGAUCAUCAGCGCGCACAUACACCCCGUCUGCUCCUUAUGUUGGAGUCGAGACGGCCACAAGCUGGUGAGCGCGUCCACGGACAACAUCGUGUCACAGUGGGACGUGCUGACGGGCGACUGCGACCAGCGCUUCCGCUUCCCCUCGCCCAUCCUCAAGCUGCAGUGUCACCCCAGAGACAUGGACAAAGUGUUGGUGUGUCCCAUGAAGUCAGCGCCGGUGCUGCUCACCCUGUCCGACUCCAAACACGUGGUCCUGCCCGUGGACGACGACUCGGAUCUGAACGUGGUGGCGGCCUUCGACAGGCGGGGCGAGUACAUCUACACCGGCAACGCCAAAGGAAAGAUUCUGGUGUUGAACACGAACACUCAGGACCUGGUGGCGUCAUUCCGAGUGACCACUGGCACCAGCAACACGACUGCCAUCAAAUCCAUUGAAUUUGCACGCAAGGGCAGUUGCUUCCUCAUCAACACGGCGGACCGCAUCAUUCGGGUGUACGACGGCAGGGAGAUCCUGACCUGCGGGCGCGACGGUGAGCCGGAACCCAUGCAGAAGCUCCAAGACCUGGUCAACAGGACUCCGUGGAAGCGCUGCUGCUUCUCCGGGGACGGCGAGUACAUUGUGGCCGGCUCGGCCCGCCAGCACGCCCUUUAUAUCUGGGAGAAGAGCAUCGGCAACCUGGUGAAGAUCCUGCACGGCACCCGAGGGGAGCUGCUGCUGGACGUGGCCUGGCAUCCCGUGCGUCCCAUCAUCGCCUCCAUCUCAAGCGGAGUGGUGUCCAUCUGGGCCCAGAACCAAGUGGAAAAUUGGAGCGCUUUUGCGCCGGACUUCAAAGAGCUAGAUGAGAACGUCGAGUAUGAGGAGCGCGAGUCCGAGUUUGACAUCGAGGACGAGGACAAGAGUGAACCGGAGCAGACGGGUGCGGACGCGGCCGAGGACGAGGAGGUGGACGUCACCACGGUGGACCCCAUCGUGGCUUUUUGCAGUAGUGAUGAGGAGCUGGAGGAUUACAAGGCUCUGCUGUACCUUCCCAUCGCCCCUGAGGUGGAAGACCCCGAGGAGAACCCCUUUGGCCCCCCGCCAGACUCCACACCCCAGGCGGGGGCCGCUGAGGAGGCGCAGGCGGGCGGUGACAAGAAGCAGCGGCCGGGGUCAUCCGAGGGCGGCCCGGCCAAGAAGAAGGCACGCACUACCAACAUCGAACUGCAGGGGGUGCCGGUUGAUGAGGUGCACCCCCUACUGGGCGUGAAGGGGGACGGCAAGUCAAAGAAGAAGGCGGCGGGCCGGCCCAAAGGCUCCAAAGGUAAAGACAAAGACUUCCCCUUCAGGCCCAAGCCCUACAGGGGGGGUGAGCGGCCGUCUUUCGCCAUGGAGGUCCUGGGCAGCUCUGGCCCGGGAGGCGGAGGAGGAGGAGGGAUGAAGGGCAGGGCAGAGGGGGGCCUGGCCACAGGGACGCUGGUGACUCAGACGUACAAGCAGCACGACAUAGGAGGCAUGGACUGAGGCGACGAGACAAAGGGAUGUGCAGAUUCCCGCUGUCGCGUACAGACUGUGAGCAAGCAAGAAAACGUGCUCUUUCCACUCCCCGUCACAAGAGGGAAACUCCGGCCCACCAACAGUAGAGAUCACGUCAUCUGUACGGUUCGUCUCGUAGACAAUUGUGUCCUCGGUGUGUGUGUGAGUGUGUGUGCGCGCGUGUGUGUGUGUGUGUGUGAGUGAGAUGUCUUUUUUUGUUUUUAUAUAUAUUAAAACAUUUUGGAUUCAUAAA